AUGGCAUCAUUUCAGCGAUUAACCGUUGGGCGCAACUCCGCAUACAAGGCCAAUGGCACUAAAUCGUAUCUUCAUGCCAUGAGAAAGUUUGGCUUCCACCCUACCAAACCGGGUCCUUACUUUCAGGCUAAGGUUUUCCGUCCUCAAGGAAAGUUUGGUCGUGUCGGCGGACGCAUGCGAGCACACUAUGUUCUACAAAAACGAGUACAAGCAUCUGCGGAAGAGAGCGCACAGAGCAAGGCUGCAGCAUCAAGUAACGGAGCCACCGAAGGCGAGGUCCCUGCCGAAGACAUCCAGAACGAUUCAUUGUAUUUGUGUGAGGUUAGCAUCGGCACGCCAGCGCAGAAGCUAUAUCUAGAUUUUGAUACUGGCUCUUCUGACCUUUGGGUCUGGUCGACUGAGCUUCCCAAAAGUACCCUGAGCAAGGCGAACGCCAGCAAUCAGCAAGUCGUAUUUGACCCGAAGAAAUCUAGUACCUUCAGAAAGCUCAGCGGUGAAACCUGGAAGAUUCAGUACGGAGAUUCUUCCUCGGCGAGCGGCGAUGUUGGCACCGAUGUGCUAGACCUAGGCGGCCUGAAGGUCGAGAAUCAGGCUGUGGAAUUGGCCAAGACACUUUCGCAGCAAUUCGAAGAGGGUAACGGAAGUGGUUUGUUGGGUCUUGCCUUCAGCUCCAUCAACACGGUGUCACCAGACCCACAGGAGACACCAGUUGACAACAUCAUCACACAGAAGUCAGCAAAGGAGCAGCUGUUUACUGCGUACCUGGGCAGUUGGCGUGAUGCAGAUGAGGCUGAUAAAGGAAAGAGCUUCUACACGUUCGGAUUCAUCGAUCAGGACACCUUAGCAGCCAGUGGGGCCUCUGAGCCCAAUUAUGCUGAUGUCGAUAGGAGCCAGGGAUUCUGGCAGAUUCAGUCAACAUCUGCUACCAUCAACGGAGAGACCAUAACCCGUUCUGGAAACACCUCAAUCAUGGAUACCGGCACUACUCUGUGUCUAGUCGAUGACAGUCUCGUAGAUGCUGUCUACAAGGCCAUUCCUGGCUCCAAGUACGACCAAAGCAGUCAAGGCUACGUAUUCCCUUCGAACACAUCCGCAGAUGAUCUCCCCGACAUACAGCUUGCCAUUGGAGAUGCGAUGAUCGCCUUCCAGAAGGAGGAUCUGGGCUUCGCUGAUGCAGGAAAUGGUAUGGUGUAUGGAAGCAUCCAGAGCAGGGGUUCGAUGGGCAUGGACAUAUACGGAGACGCGGUACUGAAGGCUAUGUACGCAAUCUUCGACAUGAAUAACGGUAGUCCACGCUUUGGAUUCAUCGCAAGAAAGGAGUCUAGUCAGAACACAGCCGCACCACCUUCACAGUAG